AUGUUCAAGAAACCCCUUGUGCACCAAUCAAACGCAACGCCCAUCCGCUCGUCCGCCCGGAGACAGCUCUUGGCUGCCAUCUUCGAGCAGUUCCCUUCGCUUGUCGCCAGCACCGACGACAAUGACAAGAAAGAGCUCGGCAAACUUAUUCUUCCAGAAGGCGUCAAAACGGGCACUUUCGAAAACAGUACUGGCGUUGAAGGAACAUUCUGGAUAGCACCUGAUGGCAACCCUCUCUGGAUGUCCUUUGGCCGCAACUCGAAAGAGUAUAUCCCUACGUUAUACCUCCUUACACUCCCCCUUCCUCGUCCCAUCCUGCCGGUCAUCCAGAUAUACCAUCCCAUGCCUCCCCCAAUCCUGACCGGUGCACCACUCUUCAUUCCUGCCGUUCGCAACAUUGACAAGCCCCAUCUCCUCCCUGACGUACAAAAAGACCGCCUGGUCGCUUUUGCAACCUCCCCAUCUAGGAAUGAUGAUGUUCAUUAUGUGGGAGUUGGCAGAAUAGCCGCUGAUGGUGGCAUGAGGGGUGCUUGGGAGAGGAGGAUCCAGCUGUUGCAGGGUGGGGAAGAGAAAGAAGAGGGCAAGUUUGCAGACGUGCUUUGUAUAAUAGAAGACCAUCUUUGGGAGCUUGGUUCGAAAUCGACACCUCCGACGUUCGCUCUUCCAGCUCCCGAGGUCCCCUUGGCUUCAGCUCCAGGCGGCAAAGCGAAGGACGAUCUUCCACCGAUAGAAAAUCUCGCUGUAUCCGGAGAUGCUACUGGGGAAUCAUCCGAACCAACCAUCUCCUCCGCCCCUCUCACCCCCGACGAAAUCUCUUCCCUCCUCUCUCUCUCCCUUCUCCAAGCCCUCUCCUCCCUCCAACCUUCUUCUUUCCCCAUGCCCGCUUCCCUCCUAUACUCUUCCCACAUCCUCCCCUCUCGCCCUUCCUACAUUCCCAAAGACAAGAGGGACGAAGUCGUCAUUGCCAAAAGUGAAUGGAAAAAGCUGGCCAAAUGGAUGAAAGAGAUCAACAAGGAAGGGAUCGUCAAGAUCAAGGAGAGUAAAGGAGAAGUAACGGUGGUCAGCUUUGACCCGAAACACCCGGAUCUACAGGCGUAUGAGGGAUAUACGACGAUAGCGCAGGAAGAGGCGAAAGCCGUAAAGAAGGCUGCUCGGGAGGCCGCUGCCAACCCAGAGGGCGCUGAUGGCAAGCCUGCCCAAUCAGCAUCCCAGCCGAUCGAUAUUCAAGAACUGUGGAAACCCAUCUCGCCUGCAUUGUUCUUCUGGGAAGCGUGCGGUCUCUCCAAAUCCGAGUACUACCCACCUUCUGCUUUGAGACAGACACUAGACGAAUAUAUCAACAAGCACGAUCUGAUUGUGCCAAGCAAUCACAGAUUUGUGCUGUUGGAUGAGGAGCUGGGGAAGGCUGUGGGCGUCAAAAAGCCAGACCCGGGCCAGAGCAUGGCUAGAGAUGAUGUGAUUGCAAAGCUGAGGAAUGGAGUGAGCUGGGCCGUGUCCAUCGGUGGCACCAUCAAAAAAGGUGCCCUCCAACCAAUCACCCUCACCAUCAAAUCUCGAGGCGGCCGUCGUACCGUCACCCACAUCACCGGCCUCGAGCUCUUCUCCAUCCCUGCCGAGUCUUUUGCGGAAGAGAUGCGUAAAAAGUGUGCCGGCUCGGCGAGUGUGCAGCCGAGGGAGGGGGUGAGCCCGAAGCUUGGAUUGGUGGAAGUACAGGUGCAGGGGAGUCAGCAGAAGAUUAUCAUCGAGUCGCUUGUGGGCAGGGGUGUGCCGAAGAGGUGGAUCAAGGAUGAGGGGAAGAAGUGA